AUGGCGGACGUGCCGCCUGAGGUCCUCGAGCUGAACGUAGGCGGCGUGCACUACGCGACUACACGUGAUACGCUGUUGCGCGAACCAGACUCGCUGCCCGCCGCCGCGCUUGAAGAUUCCGAACAUCCACGCGAUGCUCGCGGUCGCAUCUUUUUCGACCGCGACGGUGUUCUCUUCCGAUACGUGCUAGAUUAUCUACGUGAUGGCGGGCUGGUGCUUCCUGAAUGCUUUCGCGAGCAUAAACGUCUCGCGCGGGAAGCCAGACAUUACAGACUUCCCGGACUCGAGAAUGCGGUGAGGGAAGCGGAUCCCCGUCCUCCUAAUCGUGAGCGUGGCUGCAUUACGGUGGGAUAUCGAGGCAGUUUUGCUUUCGGGAGAGACGGUCUCGCUGAUGUGAAAUUCCGUAAGUUAUCACGCAUAUUGGUGUGCGGAAAGGUGACGCUAUGUCGAGAUGUGUUUGGAGAAACGUUGAAUGAAUCACGAGAUCCUGACCAUGGCUUGGCUGACAGGUAUACUUCGAGGUUCUUUUUAAAGCAUUCCUUUAUAGAGCAAGCCUUUGACAUGCUCCAAGAACAAGGGUUUAAGUUGACGGCGAGCUGUGGUAGCGGAACGGCUGGAGGAGCAGCUGAAUUGAAACCUGGAGUUGAUUCAGAAGAAAAUCGCUGGAAUCACUACAACGAAUUUGUUUUCGUACGCGAAUAA